AUGGGCCUGGCUUGCAUUAGCCACUGCCACGCUGGUCUCUGUCCCAACUACUCCGAGCUGUACAUUGCCGAACCAGAUGGCUCUAACGCGAAGCUCCUCCUUGGUUCCAACAGCGUGUACGAUUUCCGAGCAAGCUGGUCUCCUGAUGCCAAACAUGUUUAUUUCACGUCAGAAAGAAGAGGGGACGGCCAGGCGGACAUUUACCGCGUGGCCAUAAAUGGCACGAGCACGGUGGGAGCAGAAGUCGAACCUGUCGCCUCGUCACCAGGUGUCGACGACUCUGCUUCAAUCUCCCCUGAUGGCAAGAUGCUGGCGUUUGCAACUUCGAGAUACAAUCAGACCAGUCAGAUCAUGCUGAUGGUCCUGGAAACGGGAUCUCUCAAGAACCUGACGCUCAUUCCUGGUAUCUCCGAAGCUGCCAACUCCGCACUACCCAAUGGAUACUUCAAGCCGACAUGGUCCCCCGAUGGAGAGUGGAUUGUCUUCACGUCCGAUCGUAACACACCAUGGCGUGGCCACAGCGACGGUUCGGGAUGGGAGCAUACCCAGGAGUUGUCCAUCUACGCAGCCCGCCCUAAUGGCACCGACUUCCGACUGGUGUCGUCUCGGAGCAACUACACCCAAGGCUCGCCUAGGUUCUCGCCGAAUGGAAAGCGCCUGGUCUUCUACGAGAUGCUGACCGAGGACACGUACAAUGGUCGUCUACAGCCUGAACUGCUUGAAGGUUCUUAUCUUAACACCAGCAUCGUCUCAAUCGAUUUCGCCACUGGAGGUGACCGUAUCGUUCAUGCCACUGGAGAUGGCACCAAGAUUAGCCCUUCAUUUGUCACCGAUGAUGUUAUUGGCUAUGUUAUGAAAGAGUCAGCCAGCAACGGUAUCUACUACACGUCUCUCUCGGGCAAAAAUUACACGCAGUACCAGACCAUUCCCAUGAACACCAUGACACCUGCACUACGCUCCCCUGCGUGGUCGCCAGAUGGCAAAUAUGUCAUCUAUGAGAAGCAGGGUCCCACGGGCGGUAGUACAUCGACUUCCAAGAAGCAAUACUCCGACCUGUGGAACUUCGACCCGGAUUGGGACUACCGCUUCACGGAUGUCUUCCCCAUGGCCAAGCGUGGAGGCUGCCCUAUGAUGGCCAUGUCCCAGCAGAUGGAGGGUGUCGCGGAGAGCAAUCUCAUGCGCCUCCAAAUGAACGGCACUGAUCAGGUCACUCUCUUCGAGACCAAAAAGGGCAUGAUCAAUCCAUCCAUUGCAGAAGGCUUCAACGCCCGUGCCUACCAGGGCAGCUGGGGGCCCAAUGAUACGAACAUCACGUUCGGCUACGGUGCAUACUUUGUCGGUCGUCAAAGUAGCCCCGGUUUCAUUUUCAGUGUCACCCCGGAGGGCACGGGCGUGACGCUUCUCGCGGGCAACAACAUUACCAACUACGGAUUCCCGUCCUAUAAUUAUGAUGGCACUCAGGUCGUUUUCCGAACCUGGCCUGGCACUGCCUCCAACGGUACCACUGUUGGUACGACCGGAUUAGCCAUUGUUGAUCUACCCUCCCGGCAGGUGACGCAGCUCACGACCGAGUGGGAUAAUCUUCCGGCCUUCUCUCCCGAUGGCAAGAAGAUUCUGUUCACCCGGCGCACAAACCUGGACAAUAUCGGCGACAACUAUGACAUUUUCACUAUGAAUCCCGACGGCAGUGAACUUACCAAGCUCACCCCAUCUAUCGCCAGUGACGCCCAUGCUGUGUGGACCCAAGACGGCCGUAUCCUUUACAGUACUGCUAUGUUCGGCUUCCAGCAGGAGGCACCCUUAUAUGAUGACUCUAUGCAGCCCUAUGCUAUCAUCAUGCUCAUGGAAGCCGAUGGUAGUAACAAGACUGCGUUGUCCAACAGUUUGUGGGAAGAUGCCAUGCCUAUGUUUGCGCCAGCGCAUGUAAUGGAGUCCGACUGUUGUUCUUGA